AUGAAGAUACCUAUCCGGACGCCUCUUCCCAACGCCAUCAUCGCCGCAUAUAUCAUGAGAGAGCCUGAAAGCGACUUCUCCUCGUCUGGCAGCGAGUCGCCGCCGCCGCCGCCUCCUCCGCCCAAAGCAGAGCCUCACGCGCGCGUCUCUACUUCAGCACCGCAUCAUGCGCCUCAUGCGCCUCAUGAGCAUGCGCCGCCUCCCACGAGGCGCCAAAGCAUCGCAAACCGCCUGCUGGGGUCCUUCAACCAGGUCCGCAAAGACACCAAGGAGAGGGUCAAGAACGAGCCGCCGCCGCCGCCGGCCCCCGCCAAGCGGCGGUCGUCCGUCGCCGAGAAGUCGUCGCCCAUGACGCGGAUCCGCUCAUGGCUCGACACGUGUAACGCCCAGCAUAGCCAUCACUGCAGCGGCGAUGAUCCGGAUGCCGAGACUUGGCGGCCCGUCUACCUCGUCGACUCGGUGGAGCGAUGCUUGGUCAAGGCCAAGCCGACGGAUCGCUACCUUGCCCUGAGCUAUGUCUGGGCGCCCCUGAACCAGCGUCGAGGCGGUCCUACCACGGUGGUGCAGCUCCUCAAGUCGAACAUCGAGGCCUUCCAGUCGGACCUCCCAGAGGUGGAUCUUCCCGAGACGAUUCUCGACGCCAUGUACAUGGCGAGGAAACUGGGCUUCCGCUAUCUGUGGGUCGAUCAGCUCUGCAUCGUCCAAGAUGACGAGGUGGACAAGGAGAACCAUGUCCGACACAUGCCGUACAUCUUUGCAAAUGCAUAUCUCACCAUUGCCGCGGCAUAUGGCGACCUUUACACCGGCCUCCUUCCCAUCAGCCCGCGGCGACAUCAGCGCGACUCCAAGGCCGGCAACAGCAGCAGCAGCAGCAGCAGCAAGGACCACAGUGAACUGCUGCGGCAGUCCAAGUGGAACAACCGUGGCUGGACUCUUCAGGAGCUGCUCUAUUCGCGCCGCACUGUCUUCUUCUUCCAGGACACGGUAACUUGGGAAUGCCAUUGCAACCUCUGGCAGAAGAACUCGAUAAACAUCAUUCCCAAGCUGCGGGCCAGCAGUCGACACGAUUGCGUCAACCGUCUUUCCUCUGCCAUUCUCGGUUAUAAGCAUCCUCCAUGGCCCGACCUGGAUGAGUAUGCCCGCAUCGCGGCCGAUUAUAGCGCAAGGAGGGUGACCUAUGUCGAGGACACGUUGAGAGCUUUUUCGGGUAUCACUUCUAUGCUGUCCCGUACGUUUUCAGACGGCUUCAUGUACGGCAUGCCGCUCAUGUUCCUCGACAUUGCUCUGCUCUGGCGUCCUCAGGCUUCAAUACGACGGAGGGCGCCCCCGCGAGCGCCUUUCUUCCCAUCAUGGUCAUGGAUGGGGUGGUGGUUCGAUGGGGUGCCUGUCGACCUGGUUCUGUGGAAGGCCGCGGCAGAUUAUGUCGAAGAGACGAGUCCGACGAAGAUAGGAUCCAACCACAAGCGGCUUCAGGCCAUGCAAACCUUCCGAAUCAAGCCCACCGUCACUUGGCACCUUACAGACAGAGCUACCACAGUUCCCGUAGCCAACAACGGGCUGCGGUAUCGAGAUCUCCGGUCGCGCAAGAAUGCCGGGACACCGCUGCCCCGUGGCUGGUCGAGAAGCGGAACGUCGUUCAAGCACGACAGCGACCGGACGACCGUCUUCAAGUAUCCCGUGCCUGUCACAGAUCCCCCCAAAGACGGACCACAUGCGCCGACCCCGGCCGAGCAGACUUUCCCGGGGCCGCUCUUGUCCUUCAGGACGGCUGCUGGUCUCUUUGACGUUGACCUUGCCGAUACCAUGGCGCCCAAAGACGGAUCCAACCCACAGAUUGCGAUUGGAAAUAUCUGGGGCAGGUCUGGGAAAUGGAUUGGCGAAUUCAGAGCGCACGAUGCCUGGAUGGGCGUCCAGACGUCCAACUACGACGGAGGCGAAAAGCUCGAGUUCAUCGCCAUCAGCACGGGAAUGGAGCGCAAGGGCUCGUUCAUAUUUCCGCCGGAGCGGUUCGAAGAAAACAAGGACGCGGACGGCAUACUGGACUUUGUCAACGUGCUGUGGAUUGAGAGGAUCGGCACAGUCUGCUACCGGAGGGGCAUUGGGCAUAUCUUGCUCAAAGCAUGGAAUGCACAAGUGAGGGAUCAGGUGGACAUUCUUCUCGGAUAGGGGGGUGGGGUUCCAUGAGAGGCACCCGGCAUGUCUAGGGAGGUAUGUGAGGUUUGGUGUUUUGAGAUUCUGGUGCUUUGGACUUGGCGAGGCAGUAGUGGCGAUUGCCUUUUCGAUUCAUGUUGAUAUUUGUACAUAUUCCGGUGCGAUUUUGUCUGUUGUGCUCACCUUUGUCAAUACAUGUGGCUGGGAAGACGAGG